UCACGAACAUAUGUAAUAAGUUACCUAACCUCUAUCAGGGACGCGUCAUAAAAAGGUGGAGUGAAUUUGAUUAUUUUAUUUUUUUUUUAUAUUUCUUUAAUUUGACGAUUAGAUGAUGAUCUCUUUGUUUGUUAUUUUUAUUUAAUUAAACAUAGAUUUUCAUUUAUUUUGCUGAACUUCAAUUUUUAAUGUGGUGUUAUUCUUUGCAAGCAGUUGAAACAAAGUAACCUUAACGCCCUUUGAUGUUUUUCGAUAUUUUUUGCAAAUAUAUAUUUUUAUAAAUUAUUUUUUCUAUUUUAUAAAUUUUUUUUUUAUCCAGUGAAAUUGAUAAAAAUGUGUACAACCUGUGUUUUAUAAAACCUUAGUGAAAAAUACAGGAGUAAUGAAGGAAAAAAGGAAAACGUACUUUGCUGCAACAAUGUUAUAAUAAAAAAGAAUAUAAAGAAUUACAUUGUUUAUAUAUAUUUAAUGUUUAUUUAAUACUACCAGUACAAAUUUGAAAACUGUCACAAAGUUGGCUAAGAAUAUGGUGAUGGCAGGAACCGAGGGCAUGUCAGGGCCAUCGACAGACGAGUCAUUUUCAAGUAAAUUGCAAUGGCUUCGUCAACGUCGAGAGGCUCUUCAAGACAAGCUCGCUCAAAAGAAUAAUGAGUUGAAAACCCUAUGCAUUGAGGAAGCAGAAUUGACAGGUGUUCUGCCACCGGAAAUUCCCCUUGAGCCAGGAGAAAGCCCUCCAACAUUCCGCAAACGUGUUGGAACAUCGUACACUUAUCCUCAGAAUAUGAUUAAUAAACUAAAAACAAAUGAAGCCGAGGAAUCCGAUUUGGAAUUGGAUCGUCAAGUACAAAUUGGAAAACAAGAAGCUGCAUUGGCGAUAAUAAAUGAUACGACAGAAAAUAAAGCUGUACGAAGAAAACAUCGAUUGAUUUAUCAACAAAGUAAACAGAGACUUCAAGAAAUUGAUGCUUGUCUCAAUUUUAUCAGACAAAGUCAUGGUUCUUCAACGCGUCAUAAUCAGGGUAUUCAUCAGCCUUUUCAAAAUUUACAAUCACUUUCUCAUAAUUCUAAACAUCGGACAAAGAAACCUCGACCUCCUCUCGACAAUUUAGGACGGGAAAAAAAACACGAGACAAGAGGAAGUUUACAAGAUCAAGGUGGAAUAAGUCUAAGUCCCUUGGGUCCAGAACACAAUUACAAUGUUUAUUCACGUGAAUUUCAAGAUUUAGAUGCAGGUCAUCAAUUUAUGCAAGCCGGAUCGAGUAAUUCAAAUCAAAAUCGUAGUAAUUAUAUUGCUGGUAGUCCCGUGGACGUGAGACGAAGUAACAGUACUAAAUUCCUCGAUCACGAUGUAAAUGUGAAUAAUAAUUUGUAUAUACUACCUGAUCAAUAUCGUAAUCGUACUUAUUCGCAAGGGGCACAAAGUACCAGUCCAUUGAGACAGAAUUUUUAUCAAGAUGUUGAGCAAAGAUCGUAUCGUCCCGUUCCAAAUACAUUUACCGAGGAAGAACGACAAUAUCGACAAAUGCAAAUGCAAAAACUCGAAAUGCACAGUCCAUCAUCGUAUUCGGAGAAAUCAAUAUUAAGACAUUUAGACAAUAAUGACACACAACGACGUAUGUAUCAAACUCAAUAUUACGAGAGUGAAUAUUCACCUACAUCAAGAUAUGAGCAAUCAAUAGACUAUCAAUCGUAUGGAAAGGCAACUUUACGUCAUCGUCAUCGUGAAAGAGAUCACAUUAGUGGUAUUGAAAGAAAACAUCAUUCGGCUUUACAACCAAAUAUUGAUUCCUAUCUUCAACCUGGCCAUUGGAUGAGACUCGAUGAUGACAUUGUUUUUUGUCCCGAUGAACAAAAUGCCGAUCGUUUUGGUAGUCUCGAUCGAAGAAAGCAGACAAAUUCUCACUAUUAUCCAAAUCCAGAAAUACAAUCACGCUAUAAUACUGUUGCGUCGGGAUCGAAGAAUAUUCAAAUUCUACCGCGUCAACAUUCAUCACAGAUUCCAAUCAAUUCAUCGGAACAUACGCCAUCGAGUAGAAUUUUACUUCGCACACAAUCGUUAGGCAGCGUGGAAACAUGGCAUGCAGGUCACGAAUUAAAUGAGAGAGAUCAAACUGAUAAUAUUAGUCGAAAGGGAAAAGAAAAAGAAUGGUACGAAACAUCACUUGAUUCACGUUGUAGUCCAAAUACAAUUCCAAUUUCCGCAUCAUCAUUAUCGGUAGGAUCAUUUGUACCAAAUCUCGUUCGUCGACCAUCACAAAAUAAUCAUCAUCAUCCUCCACCACCACCUCCUCCGCCACCAUUACCACCGCCACAACAACAACAACAGCAACAAUCAACAAUAUCUUCCGAUAUUCGCGAGAUUGAACCACGUCGACCUAGAGAAUUGCCACACGAUGAACAAUCACAAUGCUUUCCAGUUGCACAAAAUCAUCAUUAUCAUUAUCACGAGCGACCAAAAGUCCUCGAAAUACCCGCAGAAUCAAAACCAUCAUCUUUAAUUGAAAAUGGAAAUGAUCCAAUGUUAGCAUUUAAUUCCCCAACGAAUCACACAAUUGUUCAACAGGGUAAAUAUCAGCCAUAUCGUGAAGUUACCAAACCAUUUGAAAUGUCUGAUUUUUAUAAAUAUUCAACGAAAUUUCGCAAGAAAAAUGAAGCGACUUCUUCUUCUACUUCGUUACAACAAAAUAAUUCAAAUAUUCAAAAUUCAAGUGAGAUUGUAAAUCAAAUUUCCGGAAAUGAAAAACCACGAAGGGUGAGUCCAGUACAAAAAAAUAAUUACCAACCUAAUCAAAGGAAACCACAAAUGUACGCUUUGAGAUAAAUGGAAAUUUAGUUUACUAAUGAUUAUAUUACUAUUUUUAUUAUUAUUAUUAUUAUUAUUAUUAUAUUAAUACCUUAAGAAAUGAAUCAUACAGAUCUAAUAUUUUUUUUGAAAAGAACAAACUUUUGUUAUUCGUUAAAUUGACGAAGUAAAACGGUGGCCUUAAUAUAUGUUAGACAACUAUUUUUUUAACGUUCUCAUUGAUGUUGAUCGGAUUUUAAAGUAAUUUAAAAAAAGGAAAAUAAAAAAAAAAAAUAAUAAACCAGUGCCUUUCAUAAUAAUUACUGGGAGCCAAAGACUCGGUA